GUGCACGUAUGUGUGUAAGUGCGCGCGCGAGCUCGCGAGCGGAGGAGUUUGAGAGCCCCGUGACACUAAUAGGACUGCGUGUGUCUCCUCCUCGUCUUCUUCUUCUUCUUGUUAGCUUUUAGUUAUCCUUCAUAUGAGCUCAGAUACCAGAAUGAGCUCCCGCCUGACAGGACUAUAACGGAUCCGAACAAAAAGAAGCCCCCUAAAUAUUGGAGACAGGGGUUUCAGUGCUGUGACGAAAUAGAAGAUGCAGCGCAAGUAAAUCCCGAUACACCUUUUAUAUUAGCCUUUUUUUUUCUUUUCUUCAAAGGACAAGUACAGCGGUGAAGUUGUAUUUCUUGGAAGGUUUUUGUUGCGGAAGCCGUUUAUCAGUUGAAUGUGAGCAUCAACGUAACCCACGGGCUCGGUGAAGGUUGAUUCAUCUGUGGACAUGUGCCGCCCAUACCCGAUCGUUGUUCUCCUCGGCUUAGCGACACUCCUGGCUCGUGUCCUCCUGGCACACGAAUGCUCACCUUGUGAAACCCGGACGUGCCCUCCGCUAACUUCGCUUGGCUGCCUGGCUGGUCGCUCCUUGGCACGGGACCCGUGCGGAUGCUGCGAGCGCUGCGCCGGGCUGCAGGGGGAGUCGUGCGGAGGCAAGGACUGGGAGGUCGGGAUUUGCGAGGAGGGACUGAACUGUGAAACGGCUGAUGGGACGGGACCGGUGAAGCCGCCUGAUCGAGGACUGUGCAAAGGUAAGCUGAAGUGUUCUGAUGUCAAGUGUCCUGAUCAGCUAAAAGCUGACUGCCCAGCAGACUCUAUUCUUAGGCAGGAUUUAGUCUCAGAGAACAGCUGCUGCCCAACAGCCUCUCAGCAAUGUGUGUGUGACCAAGAAGCAUGCGUGAAGAAGACCUGUCCGGAAGGAUUCCUUUUGAUUCUGAUGUCUGAGGGCAAAGGAACACCUGGAGAAUGCUGCGAUGUUUACGAGUGUCAGAGAGUAUCCACCAAGUGUUUUCAUGAUGGGAAAGUAUAUGGAGACAGGGAAGUAUACCGAAUGGACACAUGCUGGUUGUGCCAGUGUCGACAGGGAAUAUCGUUCUGCUCCAAGGUGGAGUGUGCAGAGUUGGAGUGUGACAGCUUCUACAUCCCAGAUGGAGAGUGUUGUCCAGUCUGUAAAGAUAUAGAACUCCUUCAUCUUGGCAGUGGAGGUGCCAGUUGCUGGGCAGGCAACACCCUCCGACAGCAUGAAGAGCAGUGGAAGGAGGAUGAUUGUACCUUCUGCCAGUGUGUCAGUGGUGACCCCCACUGUACUGCCAUGUCCUGCAAACAGAGCUGCCAGAAUCCGGUGAAGAUUCCUGGAGAAUGCUGCCCUUUCUGUGAAGAGCCUACGUAUCAAACGGUCAGUCCAGUCCUAUGUCCGAAAUUGGAGAACUGCUCUCUUUCUGAAAAAGACUGCCCAUUUGGUUUUGUUCAGGACAGAAAUGGUUGUCUUCUGUGCCACUGUCUAUCAAAUGACUCUUGUCCUGAUUUGACUACCUACUGCUCGCUUCAGUGCCCCACUGGCUAUGAGGUGGACGACUAUGGCUGUCAAGUUUGUGAAUGUGUAUCGCAGAUCCUGAAGUGCCGCCCAGUCUCUUGUGGUAAAACCUGCCCUCAUGGAUAUGUAAAGAACAAACACGGCUGUGAGAUGUGCCGUUGUGUGAAAUGUCCUCCGUUUACCUGCGGCAAGGAAUGUCCAGAGGGCUACAAGCAGAACAGAAAAGGCUGCUCUGUCUGUGCCUGUAAAGAGACUGGUGAAAUCCUAACAACAACACCACCAUUAGCUCCAAAGAUCAGCUACUGCCUCACUACAUCAGGCCAUCGCUACAAAGAAGGAGAGAGCUGGCAUGACGGCUGCCGGGACUGCUACUGCCACGCUGGUCAUGAGAUGUGUGUACUGAUUACCUGUCUGGUCCCAAACUGCUCUCAUCCCAUGGUUCGAGAAGAACAGUGCUGUCCAAGCUGUGAAGAUGACUCUGGAAGUGGGCACCCUGAAACCCCUGAUCUGGUGGUGUGUAGAGCACCUGGUGGGGAGCUGUACGUGGAAGGAGAGACUUGGCAGUUGGACACUUGCACUCGCUGCACGUGCCGCCAGGGUCGGGUUCUGUGUGACACUGAGGUGUGCCCGCCGGUGUUGUGUCACUCACCUUUCAAAGCUCAGACUGCAUGUUGUUAUGCCUGCCCAGAUGACCAACUGAAGCCGCUGUUACCCAUCAACGCCAGCCAGCAGGAUUUCUGCAUGUCCUCUAAUGGGGAGAUCUCAUUGGCUGGAGAGUCAUGGAAAGAGAAUCCAUGCACAAGCUGCAUCUGCAAUAAAGGAACCAUCAGGUGCUUCUCACAAGGAUGCCCUCCAGCAUUCUGCCGCGUCCCUGUCUUGAGGAAAGGACAGUGUUGUCCUCAGUGCUUAGAUGGCACCACCACAGUCAUCCCAGUGAUACUCUCCACGCGGUCCUCGACCCUUCAGACAUCCUAUGCUGACGAACAAACCCAGAGGCUGCCUACUACUGAACCUCACACCACAGUUUCCAGUACAGACAUGAAGAUUCUUCAUGAAGACUAUCCCAUCCAGACAGAAAUGGCUUUGAUUUACCAGUCAGCUGCGUGGGUUUUGGCCGGGAUAUUACUGGCGAUUGUCAUAUUCCUCAGUUCAGCCAUUCUGAUGAACAAAAAGAAGAACGGGAUUCAAAUGCCAUGCUAUGGCGCACCCAAAAAGACAGUAAUACUGAAAAAACACGUCAACAAGAACUCGGUGGUCUAUAUGGAGCCUUCCAAUGAAGAUGCCUUCCAGAGUAUUCGAAACGGAUACACGCUCGGCUUGGCCAAAGACCUCAGCUCUCCUGGCAGGGAUAGGUACGGCAGCAAGCAAAACACCCCUCUGGAUUAGAGUGGCGUUGGGCCUAUAGCACAAUCUGCAUUGUCCUCUGUCCACUAAACACACACUGUCUUUCCAUCAAACUUUUGGUAAAAGGUUUUGGGAGAGCCUUCUUGCUGGUGGCUGCUCCCGCCAUAUUCUGUAUUUCCAAGUGCCUUGUGGGGAGAAUCAUUUGAAGUAGCACAAAGGAUGUGCCCACAGUGUUUGGCAGCUGGGUAAAGGUACCAUCAGAGCGAAGGCUGCAGCAGUUGGGAUGAAGAAGCCAGGGCUGCUAUGUCAGACAAGUUUCAAGGUGAUGCUGAGCCAAUACUCUGUAUAGCCGGACAGUCUUAAAGUGAGAUUUACACAGAAAAAAUAUUAUAAGGUUUAUUUUUUAUGUUUCAUUUUUUUAUUGUUUAAAGUGUGCUUUUGGCUGUUCUUAGUACAACUGUUCUAAAUCUGUGAAAUGUUCUGUUUGCUGCUUCAUAACAGAUGUGGCUCGAUGUUGAAGAGCUCUUAAACUUAACAUGAAAUGUAUAGACUGCUCACUUCGGGCUUAAUGUAGUAGGUGAGGGCUUUAUUAACAACUAGAGCACCCCCUGUGUUCACCGAGAGCAAUGACCUAUCAUAUCUAAUUUCUCUCUCUUCUGAAUGAAGUUCUUCUGUCACUUUAAAAUGCUGUGAACUUUUGGAUUGUUUAAGUGAGUUGGUUUAUUUCUUUAAGGAUUGAAAAGGCCAAGAAAACAAGUGCAACAAAAGAUAAGCUGUAGGCUAACAAACAAGGCCAUGGAUUCUACAGCACCGUCGUCCUUCCUGCCCUCUCAGUUUUAAAAACCCCAUGAAGAAAAUGAAAGUCUCUGUGAACUUUGCCUUUGGACUGGCAUCCUAUUGGGGGCUGCCAGGCUAGACUGCACCCUUGACUGGAUUGAGAAUGUUAGUCCUAAAUGUCUUAUUUGGUUUAACUGUUCAUAGUUGAGGUUGGUUAGAGGCUUGUUCAUAGUGUCAAAGCCUGUAAAAAGUAAGAAUACAGUUAAAGGACCUGGAAAGCAACAAUAUAAUUCAUAUUCUUCAUCUUCAUUUGAGCAAUUGGAGCAGAGCAGGUGUGAGCCUUGGGUGGGCUCCAUUUAUUGACCAGGGUGUGAUCCCCUACCUCUUCCAUUCAGAUUUGCUCUUCACAUCCCACACCCAAUUAGUCAUCAAGUGCAGCCCCAGUGGUGGUGCCAUAUGAGCAGAACCUGCAGAGCCGUAACAUCGUGCCUGCUUCACCCAAAAACGAUUGCUUGUUUAUCGGUUACUUGCUGAUCUUCAGUUGAAAAGUUCCAUCUUGUAUCGCCACACUUCCCAAGGUGCUUUUACAAAACUGGUUAAUUUAACAAUAUUUCCGUUAAAAUAUUUGUGUUUGUGAUAUGGUGAGCAUAUGACUGGAUACCUGACAUGUCAAGUAAUGAGGUUCUUUCAUGGACAUUUUUGUUAUGAUGCGAUUUCAUUAUAAGUUUAUUUUUUUAAAUUUUUUCUUGGACAUUUUUGAUACAUUUAAGGUUUGCUAAAUCUUAUUUUGACCACAUUUUAUUUGUAAAAAUGUUUUAUUAAAGAUGGUAAAAUAUGUUAACUUCUUUCCAUAACACCAUUUUGUUUUCUGUAGGCGCCAUUACUUUAGGUUUACUUUAUGGACUGCUGCUAGCUACGUUGCUAUGUGGGGCAACCAGAGUUCCCAACGGGUUAGAGGGUAUGAAGUUCAGCUCUAAGACUUUGUGGUCAUCCAAAUUCUGGAUGAAAAUCUUUAGCAGCAAGUGCAUUUUGUUUGUCAGUCUUUUAGGGACGACUUCAGGCUCUGUUACAUUACGUGACUUUCAGUUUUAUAUUUAAUUGUCAUAAUUUAGCUAGGAGGAGACAAUCGAUGGCACACUUCGAUCGUGGGUGGGCUCUGUGUGUUGACGAGAGCUGACAAGCAAUGAAUGCUCAUCUGGAGGUAUAUAAUACAACAACAAGGAAUAAGGAAUGUGGGCGUUUUGGACCUCACAAACAGAAGAGAAGCUCGUCUGUCUGAUGUCUCAUGUUUGAUGUACUUCAAAAUAAUGGGAAAAGAAAAACAGGUGUCGGGAUUGCAGCUGAACUUGGCGUACCUAGUAAUCUUGGCACAGCACUGGCUCCACAGUAUGACUGUGCUUGAAAGUUUGCACACGUGACAUCGGCUUUAGGGAUUUAUUUUCUUUCGAUUUCCAACGCCUUCAGUAGGCUUGAUGACAGGUCACUUUAGACUUUAUGGUUUCAAUCUUUGCAAGACUUUAGGCCAUGUUUCAUCUACAUUUUUGUGCAGGUUGGAGGGCCUACAUGCAGGGCUGGAUGUAGAUUAACAUCAUACCCAGGACAGAGCAAUUUCAGGUUAAGGGCCUUGCUCAAGGGCCCAAUGGAGUAGAGUCACUUUUGGCGUUUACGGUAUUUCACCUGGCAACCUUCUGAUUACUGGCGCAGAUCCAUAGCCUCAGAACCUCAGUCCAAUUCUAGUAGCCUGACUCCACUCUUGAGACCAAAGUCUUAUUCAGAAUGAGGCGAUUUAUGUGACAAUGACAUCUUCAGUGUCUGUCGGUUAGGUGUUAAAAGAUUGGAUGGAGUUGAUGCAGGACUUUCCCAGAAGACGUUAGGAGAAGUGAAAUGAUGGACACAACUAGUGUUGUGCAAAACAGAUGGUUCAGUUUUGAAAUAUGUUUUACAAAAUUGAAACUAAAACUCAUUAUUCAUUUUUUGUUAUAGGUUUAUGGAGGUGCUCAAUAAAGCAUCCCAUAAACACCUUGCACCCCUUUAGAUUCCAAACAGUUCUGUAAAAAUGGGUGCAAAUGAAAAUAAAUGGGGUAUGGGUCUUAAAAAUGUGACAGGGCUAACAACGUUUUGCUGUCAAUGUUGGGGAAUAGAGAGAAGGUGGCCUAUGAUAAGCAAAAUUGAGCUUUGCCACUGUGGUGUUGCUAAUUAAAUUCACAAAAAGUGUGUGCCAUGUGUUUAUACACAAUGUGGGGAAAAAUGGAACAAGACGUGAUAAAGUGCUGGGGUCACCUUGCAAUGCCCAUUUAUUAGAAGCAAUGCUAAUAAAAAUAAGGCGACAAAAAAAAAAAGGGAGAUGUGGAACUUGUUUGUCUUUCCAGGCUUUUUCAAAGGCAGUGCUUCUGUGGGCUGAUGUGCCUCCAAGCAGUCACGGGUCUGAGAAUGAGCACCAACGUCCAGCCAUCGUGAUGUUUAUAUAGGGGUGGGGCUUCAGUAGGGGCGGGGUGUAAUGAGGCCACUGUUCCUUCAAGGGCACCUCCUCCUCCUCCUCCUCCAUUCUCAAGCUGGUAGAUGUGCUUCAGCAUAACCCAUCCCCGUUAUGUUCUCCUGAUUUGGGCCCCCAACACACUCUCGCAUUGCACGUGCAUGAUGACAGAAGAAAAGGCUGUGGAUGAAAAGAAGACAUAGAGGACAAUAAAAGGUUUUUAAAGUUAAACUCCUUGACUCCCUGGGUCAGAGUUAUGAAUGUUUAUGAUCACAGCACACCACAGUUUGAAGGGAAGAUUUUUGGCGAGUACCCCAGUCAUUACUGGAUACCAGUGAACUGCUGUGCGAGUUGAACUUUCAAGUGAAGCUCUCAGGACUGUUCACAGCGACCGAGUCUCAGUGUCAACAAUAAACGGGAAAAAUCGUCCGGUAUCCUCAGCUUCACCAAUGGCAGCACAGAAUAGGAGAGGUGACAUGGCUGAGCUGCACCUUGGUGGUUUAGCGGUUUUCUGAUAUUCUGGCACAGCUCCAGCCUGGUCACCGCCCUAUGUAGGUUUCCUCUAGACAUUCAUUUUUACCUCCAACUUCCAAAAAACAUACAUUUUAUGAUAAUUGGUGACUUUAAACUGAGCUCUGCAGUGGGUAAGGGUGUCUCUGGCAUAGAAUGGCCUUGCACCGACCGAAGCUGGCCAUUUAAUUAACAGAUGUAGUGAGAUAGCUAAGGACUCGAGUGAAUGUAAACACCACAUCCUCAGACCUGUUUAAUCCCAUUCUGGGCCGCCAGAGGGGUUAAGCUUCACAGGCGUACUGGAAAAGGUGUGCAACAAGCUGGCAGUUUCUGUGGGGAGUGCUGUGAGAGGGGACAUGGCUUACAGACAAGUAGCAUUUGAAGAGCGUCUGGGAAUGUGCCACACCAAUGCACUUCCAGAAAAUUCCGUUUUCUGCAGGAUUGCUAAUGCUGUCUUCUGCACUGUCUUUGGGAGUUGGAACACUAACAUCACUGCUUAGUGUGACAUGGACACGGCUAAUUCAUUUAGAUGACCACAAGUCAGUCACCUAGAGGUGAUAUCAGGAUGUCCCGAGCGCCCUUCACACGACACACUCCGGGCAGCGAAGCAGCAAGCAUGCAGCUUAUCUCAAGUCGCUCAGAUAUCCCGACGGCAGCGUUGUUUGGAAAAAAAAAAAAAAAAAAAAAGAGUUUUAUAAAAUGGUGGCAUGUUGAGAUGGUCACUGGAAACUGUUUGGCUAUGAUGCAUCUUCAGCUGGUCAUUAUUUGGAAAUCUGCACUUUGGCCCCCAAGAGCUUCAGGUGAACUCUUAGACUUUACUUUUUCAUUUUUCCUUGAUGGAGGUAGCUUUGCUCAUAAGGUCGAUGUUGUUUGGUAUUAAAAAUCUUUUGUGUUUUCAUAGAUGGAGCUCAAGCGAGCCUUGUGUUCAGUGUGCCAAGUGUGCCAGUGGACAUUCACAUGAGCCACUCGUGUCUGAGAUGUUGUUAAACAGAAGUGUAAAAGUAGCCAGUUUAGAUGAUGGAUGAUACUCAUGCAUUUUAAUCGACAUGUGGUAUAGUGGUCCUUAAAAAGGAUCGAAACCCCCCCAUUUUUAGAAUGGUACAGUACCAGCAAUUUGGUUUUGUUGUUUUGGUAAUGGAAGUAAAUGGCAGUUGCACAUGAUCUGAACUCCAAGGUGCCCACUUCCUCGAUUUACAUCAAGGGGUGCCCCCGCUUUUUGCAUAUAUAAAUGCACUAGAGACUCCAAGGAGACCCACCUUUUCUUAACAAUUUCUAGAGUAGCAGGGAGGUGGACCACGGAGUCUUGCAUCUUUGUUGACUGGGGGUACAAAGUAGCUAUGGGGGUCAAGUUAAAUGGUAUUUACUUCUGUAUUGUUUUGGUACAAAUACUGAGGUCCAAAAGCUAGUAUGGACAGAAGUCAAAAUUGUAGUCAAGAUCCAACACUGCUCAGCACCUUGUGUUCAUUUUUUUGGUGGGCCUUUUCUGAGAUGCCCCCCUUGUUCAGCUCAAAAAAUUUUCUUACCCCAAAUUCCUUCUAUGAGAAUAUGGGGUGGUAGACUUUUUUGGGUGACUGCAGAAUUAUCCCAGCCGUUCUGCUUCUAAAGGGUCCACAAGCCCAGGAGAGGGGAGGCCAUUUGACCGUGUCUAAGCGGAUUAAUGUUUUCAGUUGUCAAACCCUUGUUGAAUGUUCUGCUCCAGUCUUGUACGUCGAUAAAACUGAGGAGGAUGAGGCUAACAUGAAGGCUUGUGAACUCUACUGGCCUGUCCUCCCACGUCAGGCCAGUCGCAGAUGCUUGUGUGGCUUCACCUUCAGGCAGUUUGUUCCGUUUUUCAGUGUUUUGGUCCUGGAGUUGUUAGAGGACUUUUGAGACACAGGAGAUGAAUGAAGGACAGCACACUCCUGAAAUGAGAAGAAAAACGAAAAAAAAAAUGAUAAUGUCCAUCAAACACAUUCUCAGUGAUUAUUGUGGACAAGCCAGAGAAGUUUGACUUAAGAGUUCACAGGCCCACCCCAGGCCGGGAUGUGAUGCUUGGAACAUCUCAAAGCAGCUCCAGAGUGGGCUUCAAAAAUGUACACUCUGCUGCAGACCAGCAAAGAAAGAGCUGAAAAGGGGGAGAUAGGGUAGGGAGACAGGGGGCACUGUAUUGUGGUGGGCAGGCCACCCCAGAAGAGAGCCAUAGGGUUAGGGAUUGGGAAACGUCUUUUUCCUUAGCUCUUGCUCUCUCAUUUUAGGUACCACUUACUGCUCAUUGUCCAUUUUACUGCCUCUAGGAUUGGCUUUGUUACAAUGUGCUAAAUAAGUCAUAACCUCAAAAUCAAGAGUGGUCAGUGAAAAGCAUCUGAAAUGAACUCCACGGUCAUGGGUAUUGUUUCCUUGGCAGCCCCCAAGGCGAUGGAAGAUGAUGUGUGCCAAAAUAAAUGUCAGUCUAAUGUGUUCACUCCUUUGCAAUGAUAUAAAUAAGCAUGCAGUGCAUUUCAUGUUAGCAACAGUAUUGUGUCCUAAUUAAAAACAUAUUAAACCGAUCGAUCAGUUGCCUUUCACUAUAGCACAUGAUGUUUUGUGUCAGUUUAAAAGAGGAUUGUACUUUAAUUCUUGUCCAUAGAUUGCAAGCCAUUAGUAAAAGAAAAGCAGACGUGUUGCAUUUGGCUUAGUGGCUUCUCUGAAAGUAAUGGAUUUUGAUUCAAGACCACACAUUAAUGACGGCAAAACUGAAUGGAGUCAAAUGACCAAUCAGCAAUAAGAGGUGGGGCAAGGGGUGUCAACUGCCAUGAGUGUGUUCACCCGGCACUGAAGAUGGGAAAUGAGGAGCUGAUAAGGCAGGGGAUUCACCACCGAUGUAAAUGACGUGUGGAAAGAAGGGAAAAAUAAAAAAGAUCAGCUCAUCACGGAGCGUGUGAGUGCUCCACCCCUUCUCCCUGAUUGGUCAUUUGACUAGACUCAAGUUUCGACUGCUUAAUGGCUGGUCUUGAAGCAAAAUGCAAUACACUCGGAGCAGCCGCUAACCGAAAUGCAAAACGUCCGCUUGUCAUUCAGUCCUUAACGUUUGUAUUGCAUCUAAAACAGAUACAAAAUGUCGAGCUGCUGUUAACACCAAAACAAUCCUUUAGUUGUUGUUUUUAAUUUGCCGAAGUGAAAUGCGCUCCUGCAUAUGCAUGGCGUUUCAAUAAUAGUUCACCCCAACGUUGCACUGCAUUUCAUUUUGUACGAGUGGUUUUCCAUAAAAGGCGUCCCAUCUCCUGUGUUACGUAAUGUGGCACAAGCCCACUGUAUGUGAUGAAGUGGAACGAGGCACACGAUUGCUACUCGCACUGCCCCCCCGCUGCACCCGAAUGCUUUAAGGAACUCUGAUGAAGAAACGGGCGGCCUCAAAUACAGAGCUUUUUAUUUAUUUUUCUCCACAUACUUAUACUAUUUAUUAACAUUAAGACUGCCAUUUUUAUUAGUGGAUUUGGCCAUAGUGAACAAAUGUUAAUGCCAUUGAGCCAAACUUGCUGUACAUUUGUAGUCUUUUAUUUUUUUUCUAUCACCUAUAGACUUCUGAACGUGUAUAUGAGCUUAUUUAUUUUCUCACCUGCUAAAUAUGUAAAUAAAUGUUUCAUUGAUGUUU